CACCCGCUUACUGUGUGGAGAAGAAACACCAUCCCUCCCUCCUACAACUCUCCACAUAGUACUCAGUAUCUUUGUUUCCAUCAUGCCUUUAGCCAAAGAAGAGUAUCUUAGCGACUCCUGGAAAGAUGGCCUCUUUGCAAAUAAGGUCGUCUUCUGUACGGGAGGCGCGGGCACAAUUUGCAGUGCACAAGUCCGUGCCCUGGUACAUCUAGGUGCCAAUGCCUGUAUUAUUGGCAGGAAUGUCGAGAAGACCGAGAACAUGGCCAAGGACAUUGCCACCGCCCGUCCUGGGGCCAAGGUUAUCGGCAUCGGCGCCGUGGAUGUCCGAAAGGUGGAAAGCCUCCAGGACGCCGUUGCGCGCUGCGUCAAGGAGCUGGGGGGUAUUGACUAUGUCAUUGCUGGCGCAGCCGGUAAUUUCCUGGCGUCGAUCAACCAGCUGUCGGCAAAUGCUUUCAAGUCGGUUAUUGAUAUCGAUGUCCUGGGUUCUUACAAUACCUUGAAAGCGACCCUGCCAUAUCUGGUAGAGUCGGCGAAAAAGCACAGCAUCGAUCCAAAUACUCUCAAGCCAUCCCCGCUGGGUACGGGAGGCCGGAUCAUCUUCAUCAGCGCCACCAUUCACUAUCGCACUAUGCCAUUCCAGACGCAUGUUUCAGUGGCCAAGGCGGGGGUGGACGCACUGUCGCACAGCGUGGCUAUCGAGUUUGGGCCCCUGGGGGUGACGUCUAACAUCAUUGCACCGGGCCCCAUCGGCGGGACAGAGGGCAUGGAUCGUCUAUUGCCGACCGAUAACAAGGAGGUCUAUACCAAGUCACAGCCUCUGGGCCGCAUGGGCUCAGUACGCGACAUCGCCGAUGCCACCGUGUAUCUGUUCGCUGAUACAGGCAGCUACGUUACCGGCCAGACUCUUGUCGUUGAUGGAGCAUCGUGGCGCAUGACGGCCGGGGGCGCUGCACAGGGCACCCUUCAAUAUCCCGAUUUUCUGCUCUCGGGCGAUGCUGUUCCCAACGUCAAGGGGCAGAAGACCUCGAAGCUCUGAUGGGGGUAGUUGGGCCUCUUAAAUAGUACAUAGGAAAUUCCACUGUUCCUUCUUUCGCUUCAGAGUCCAGUGGACUAUUGGACUGGAUCCCUGCGGAAGUUGAACGACUUUCUCUUUUCACUUUACCCAGUAGGUCUAACUUCGCGCCACUUUUUACUCAC